AACUACAAUCUUUUUUAUAUAAUAUGUGAUGAUGAUGUCUUCCGGUUUCAUAUUUAUAUAUCUGAUAAAAAAAACUUCUUUAUUUCAUACAUACAAACAUGGAUACGAAAAUAUCACCAAUGUAUAAGCUAUCGUCUAUUCACGAGCAUCCUCUUUUCUUUUCAGGUAUGUUCAUUACCUCGAAGUGUGCUGGCUGCCAGGUAAUAGGAAUCAUGUACGGUAGCUACUUUUGCAUCGAGGCUUAUUGUUAUUGUCGGUUCGAUAAGGACUGCGUGGAAUCCCCACUAGAGAUCAAUCAUCACCUUUCCCAUCCUGAGCAUCCUCUCUUGCUCACUAAGAUGUCUCCAGCAGAAGAUGGUACUCCUCCAUGUGACUUCUGUGGACAAGAGAUUUUGUCCACAUUCUAUAAUUGUCCCACAUGUAAAUUCAAAGUGGAUUUGAUUUGUGGGACUAAACCCUCGCCAUCUGUUAUCGAACAUCCGGUGUGUCAUGAUCAUACACUCGUAUUUUUGAAGAAACAAAUGGAAGAAGAUCAGGUCCCCUGUGAAGUAUGCAAGGAAUCUAUCGGUGGACCUUCCUAUUCAUGUCUUGAAUGCAAUAACGUGUACUUUCACUUGGAUUGUGUUCGUCUCUCUAAAGAGGUAGAUCAUCCUUGCCACUCUAGUCACCCCCUUAAGAUCAUGCCAUCUGAGUCACUUAUAGAUGAUGAUGAUGAGAAGAGUUGUUGUUUCUGUUUAGUUCAACCACAAAAGGUGCUUUAUCAUUGUUCUAUUUGCAAUUUUACUUUGUGCCUUGGUUGUACUAAACGUCCACCACCUCUUGUUGUUGAAGAUGCCAAGACUCACACCCAUCCACUGACGCUCUUUUCGAGUAAAAUCACAUUUACUUGCAAGGUUGCUGGAAUUGAUAUAUGUAGCUAUUUGUCUUAUAUAUGUCUUAAGUGUGAUUUUGUUGUCUCUGGAUUUUGUCUUGGCUUACCCCGGGUCAUAAACAUCAAUCGUCAUAAUCAUCGCAUCUCUUUUACGCAUCAUCUACGCCAUAUGGGUGCAAAAUGUGGAGUUUGUUGGGAAAGAGUACGUCAUUACUAUGGAGCUUAUUCUUGCUUGAUUUGCCCUGAGUAUGUAGUUCACUCACGAUGUGCAGUUGAUUUUACUUUAUGGAAUGGUGUGGAACUCGAAGGGAUACCUGAGACCAGCGAAGAUAUUGUGCCAUUUAAAGUGAUGGGUGAUAAUCUGAUACAUCAUUUCAUUCAUGAAAAACAUAUUUUACAGCUCUUUAAGGAUUUUGUCAGAGUUGGUGGUGACUACAAGAGGUUACGAUGUGACGCAUGCGUCUUACCGAUCGGGUUGGGCCCAAUCUACAGUUGUCUGAAAUGUCGCUUUUGUAUCCACGAAAAGUGUGCUUAUAUUCCUAUGAAGAAAAACCUUGUCUUUGGCCCCACACCAUACAAGUUGGAGUCUCAAGGCAUCCCUGUAAACUGUAACUUGUGUGGUAAAGUAGUAGGUGGUUUUAAGUACAGAUCGCGAGGACCUUUUGUGGUAUGUCCCAUUGUAGAUGUACAUUGUAGUUCAAUUUCUGAGCCAUUCGUCCAUAAUGGGCAUUUGCAUCCCUUAUAUUUUCUUAAAACAAAGGAGAAACGUAAUUGCAAUGCAUGUGGAAGAGAUCGAGAUGGCUACAUGCUCACUUGUAGUGAUUGUGAUUUUGACUUGUGUUUCUAUUGUGCUACUUUGCCUGAAAGGAUAUGGCGUAUAAGCGAUGAACAACCUCUCACUUUAUAUUAUGGCGGAAAGGAGGCGACCGGCAAAAACUGGUGUGAAAUUUGUGAGAUGGAGUUAGAUUCAAGUAAAUGGUUCUUUACACGUUAUGAUUGUGGAGGCACGUUGCAUGUUCGAUGUGUACUAGGAGAUUUCUCAUGGCUCGACCCAAACAUGUGUUUUUACAUUGGCAGAAUGGCAUAUUAUGUGGUUUUUAACAAUCAAAACAGUCGGCCGUUUUGCAGAAAUUGCCACAAUCGAUGCGAGGCCCCAAUCAUCUUACAAUACAAAGGCCAUGAUGAACAGAAUGGGUAUAUCUGCUCCUUUUCAUGUUUCUGUAGUAUUUCGGGUCUUAAAAUUUCGAGGGAGUACCAAUACCCAGAUUAUAACUAAGGAAUAUAUUUUCACUUGUAGUGAUUGUGACUUUGUAUUGUAAAAAACAUAAAAUAAAAGGAAUGUAUUUUCUGUUUUCUAGGGAAAGAGGAUGGUUGGUUAUUUUUCAAAACACAAGCUAUGCAAUGUAUUUAUCAAAACACAAGC